GACUUCGCUACUGACAUACCUUGCAAAGAGACAUAUAUUAAUGCAAAUGUAAAACGAUGGAUUUGACCAAUUGGAGAGCUCUCACCAAUCAAUGUGGCAUUCUCAGCCUGCACGGCUAGUGGGACACGCUCCAAUGACCCAAUACAAAGCAACGAACAAAGUUCAAUUUGAGGAACGGUUAUUCCUGUCACAUUGUCGUCUUCCUUCAAACUCUUUCUAAGAGUAACAAUGGAACGGAAACUUCCGAUCUAGAAGUCUUCUUCGAAUGUUAAAAGUUUCUAAUAAUGUUACGUUCAGAUAAGAAGUCAGUUAAACAUGGCGCAGUAAAUAAUGUCCGGCUCGUUUCUUUCAAUCACUUAAAUGGAGAUUCUUCAGCGUCAUCACUAAACAACCCGUGUAAUGGCCGCUUUCAAGGCAAUCACUCGGCUCAGAGUUCUCCUAAAAAGGAAAUUAUUGGGCCCACUGGUACUGUUCGUGGAUACAAGAAUAUGAUCAAAGAACGGAGAGAGAUUUUAGGACUUUGUUUUGUUGGAGAGAGUUUUGAGGAAAGCGAGGAAGGAAAGAUAGUCGUGUAUACGACCUCGAUGGGAGGAAUUCGAUCAACGGUGAAAGAGUGUGCGUACAUCAGGAAAUUAUUUGACAAUCUAGGAUUAAAAGUGGAUGAGCGCGACAUAUUUAUGCACAAAGACUAUCAGUGUCAGCUAGACACGCGGUUAGCGAUUCAAAAUGCCACCGUUCCUCAUGUGUUUGUGAACGGAGUUUCUUUGGGGGGUGUUGGAGAACUUGAACAUCUAAACGAAACUGGGAAACUUAAGAAUUUACUUGAAAACUUUGAGAGGAGGAAUAGCGGUGUAUGCCCCAUUUGCGGCGGGUUUCGAUAUAUCAACUGCACUCAGUGUCACGGAAGUAAAAGAUCAAGAAAAACAAGGAUUUCAAGAGAGAUCAAUGUCUUACGGUGUACUUCUUGCAAUGAAAAUGGUCUUCAACCCUGCUCAGAGUGUACAUAAUAACCACGAACGUUCCAGGGACAAGUGAAAGAACUUCUUUUGGUAAAAUUGGGUACCCUCUGGUGUGUUGUCGAGUACUAGGCGGGAGCUAAGAAGAGCCUGUUAUUGAAGUGGCGAGAUAACUUUCUACGUUAUAUACAAAUGGAACCUAGGUUCUGCUUUGGAUGAGAAAUACUUCUCCUUAAUUUAUUUAAAAAAGUAAGGUAAUGAUGAACAGUUGUGGAACUUUAUGUGGUUCCUAAAUUCAUAUUUUACGGGGUUCUGGGUGCUAACACCUUGACGAACAUCCCAAGCACCAGGAAAUCAGGUGU